AACAGUUGAGCAAGUUGCGCCGUGGCGUGCGCGUCGUUGGGCGCUUGUCGCCUCCUCGAAACGUCGUCUCCUCGCAUUGUUGUUCGCGCCGCUUUUACUUUGGUGUCCUCGGGUCGGGAUGUGGCAGUCGCGACGACUGCUACUCUCGCUGCUGGCAACAUGUGCGUUGAUUGUCUGCCACAGCAGUGGCAGCUCUAGUGGCGGCUCUGUGGGUCCCACUGCGGGUCAGCUGCGUCGCAUUUGGCUGCAGGAUCACUGCAGCGCGGGCAUCUGCACCGAUGUGCACAUUGCUCGCAGCGAUUACGUGAUCUUUUCACAGGCACCGAUUGCCAAGCAGCUGGCGCUCACGUUCCUCAACUCGAGCAUUGCCAAGAUACCGCAUCUGAUGUUCGACACCUUUCCGGAUCUGCAGCAGCUGCGCAUGGAGAACUGCUCGCUGGAGUCGUUCGAGAAGCCGCAGUUCGAGGGCGCCAGCAAUCUGAUGCAGCUUCACUUGGGCUACAAUCGCUUGAAAGACAUACCGAAGAACAUAUUCCUUGGUGCCGACAAUCUGGCCACGUUGCAACUGCAGAAUAAUCUGCUCAAGGGGCUGCACAAUCACAGCUUCCAUGCGCUCAAGGAGCUGAAGGAACUCUCGCUGGCCGGCAACCAACUAGAGCAGUUGCCUCUGAGCGUCUUUGCGGGUCUGCGCAAAUUGUUGGACCUCAAUUUGGCUGGCAAUCGAUUGCAGGCGAUGCCGCGUGGCAUAUUCGAUAGGAAUUUGAAUUUGACACGCCUCAAUCUGGCGGACAAUCGAUUUGUGGCCUUUGAAUCGGAGUUGUUGAAGCUGCAGCCCCAUCUGCAGCUGUUGGACAUCUCUGGUAACAUUAUGCCAGAGCUGACGUUGAAUUUCUCAAUGUUGGAGCAGGCCGUCGCCCAUGGCUGCGAUCUGCGUCGUGUGACAGUUCACGGCUUUGUCCGGGACUUGGAUGUGCACAAUAAUUCGCUGACGGAUAUUCCACUGAUCACACAUGCCAGCAAUGUGACUGGCUUGGAUUUAUCGCAGAAUCCCUUGGGCAAUUUACAGGGGAAUCCCUUCAGGCGUUUCACUGCGCUGCUGCGUCUCAAUCUGUCGACGAUCAAUGCGCCCGAGUUUGCCGAGGGUCUUUUCAAGAAACAGGCGCAGCUGCAAAUGCUGGACAUCUCGGGCAACGGCAUCUACUCGAUGAAGAUCACGAUCUUCGAUAGCCUCAAGGCGCUGCAGUAUUUCUACUUUCAGCUGAACAACUGGAACUGCGAUUUCCUCCAACUGCUGAUGAGUUCGUUUGUGAAGAGGCGCGACAUCUCGUUCAUGGAGGAUGUAACUGCACCGGAACUGGUCGAUGACUAUGUUGAUGGGAUUGCCUGUUGGUACGACAGCAACAAGGCCUCCAAGAAGUGCGAUGGCGGUGGCACAGGAAGCUCAGACGCUGCUCUCGAGCUGUCCAUAGUGCGCAACGAGAUCAAAGCCUUCACGGAGCUGGUCGAGAAGAAGUUUAUCAAAGUCUAUCGCAUGCUGGACGAAAUGAAGCUCAAAUUAUGAGCACCAAUUUAUCUAACUAUUAUCCAAACAUAUUUACUCAAACCAUAUUUAAUCAAACUAUAUCUAUUGGAUGCACCGCAUAAUGGGCGUCCUAUACAUAUAUUUUGCAUUAAAAAAAUAGGAUUAAUUGACACAAGCAAGCAACCGAUAAUUAAUUUACUUAUUGUUACGACGUAUAAUAAAGCGCAAUGCACCCUUUGGAAAC